AUAAAUUGGUGUCACAUUAAUACACUGCUACUAGUUAGUUAUAUAAAAUAAAAUACUUUGCUAAUAAACUUCCUCAUUAUUAUUGCUGUCAUUGUAGUUAUCAAGGAUUCUUUUUUUCUUUUUUGUGUGUGAAUCUCAUUGUUCUAACCUUCCUCUUAAUACUAAUGUUUCAAGUCAUUCAAGUGUUCAAUGCACUAAAGUUAAGUCCUGUCACGCUUUAUUUCGAUGCGACAAUGGUGGAUACGUUGUACUUUUUGAAACUUGCUUUAUUCUUGACCACAAUGAUAUCCCCUUGCUCUUUUCUGUGCUGUGAUGAUUUGUUGUUGGUGUUCCAAAGCUGAAUUUCAUACCAAGGAAAGGAUGAAGAACAGUUAAGCUCAGAACUUGGACCAAUCACUAUAGCCUUGAUUUCUCCCCAAACAAGACAUGAAGUUGCAGUUCUCUAUUGCUUCUCUUGUUCUAUUAAUCUCCACACUCUCUCUCUUUGGCUUGAUUGUAGCUUCUGCUGACUUGAACUCCGACCGACAAGCUCUAUUGGAGUUUGCUUCGGCCGUCCCGCACGCCCCAAGGCUCAACUGGAAUGACUCUUUUCCAAUUUGUACUUCAUGGGUUGGUGUGACUUGCAACUCGAACCAAACUCGUGUUGUAGGCCUCCAUCUUCCAGGAAUCGGAUUAACCGGUUCGAUUCCAGAGAACACUAUAGGAAAACUAGAUGCUCUUAGAGUUCUGAGUCUUCACUCCAAUGGUCUUAAAGGGAAUCUUCCUUCUAACAUCCUUUCAAUUCCUUCACUCCAAUUUGCACACCUGCAGAAAAAUAACUUCUCAGGUCCAAUUCCUUCUUCUGUUUCACCUAAACUAAUUGCAUUGGAUAUUUCCUUUAACUCCUUCUCUGGUAGUAUACCACCUGCAUUUCAAAACCUUAGAAGACUCACAUGGUUGUAUUUCCAAAACAAUUCUAUAUCUGGAACCAUUCCUGAUUUCAACCUUCCAAGUCUCAAAUAUUUGAAUUUGAGCUAUAAUAACUUGAAUGGUUCAAUUCCAAAUUCCAUCAAAACAUUCCCUUCUACUUCUUUUGUUGGAAAUACUCUCUUAUGUGGUCCACCUCUCAAUCAUUGUUCUUCAAUCUCCCCUUCUCCAUCUCCAUCUCCUUCCUCCAUUCACCAGCCACUCUCUCCAGCUGCAUCCACACAAAACCAAAAGGCAACCGCCGCUCAUAAGAAAAGCUUUGGCAUAGCUUCUAUAAUUGCUAUAGUCAUUGGAGGAAUUGCCUUCCUCUCACUACUAGUUUUAGUGUUCUUUGUAUGCUGCUUGAAGAAGAAAAACAGUAAAAGCAAUGGCAUACUGAAAAGAAAGGGAGCUUCUUGUGCUGGAAAGGCUGAAGUUUCAAAGAGUUUUGGGAGUGGUGUGCAGGCUGCUGAAAAGAACAAGUUGUUUUUCUUUGAAGGUUCAUCUUAUACCUUUGACCUUGAGGACUUACUAAAGGCUUCAGCUGAAGUUCUUGGAAAAGGGAGCUAUGGUACAGCAUACAAGGCUGUUUUGGAGGAGGGAACAACGAUGGUGGUUAAAAGGUUGAAGGAAGUUGUGGUAGGAAAGAAGGAGUUUGAACAACAGUUGGAUGUUGUUGGGAGAAUUGGACGCCACCCUAAUGUCAUGCCACUUAGAGCUUAUUACUAUUCCAAAGAUGAGAAACUUUUGGUUUACAAUUACAUGCCUGGAGGCAGCUUGUUUUUCUUGUUGCAUGGAAACAAAGGAGCAGGAAGAACACCAUUUGAUUGGGAUUCAAGGGUAAAGAUUGCACUUGGAGCAGCCAAAGGAAUUGCUUUCAUUCACUCAGAAGGGGGACCAAAAUUCACACAUGGAAACAUAAAGUCAACCAAUGUACUAAUAACACAAGAACUUGACAGCUGCAUUUCAGAUGUUGGAUUGCCUCCAUUAAUGAACACACCAGCAACCAUGUCAAGAGCCAAUGGAUACAGAGCUCCAGAAGUAACUGAUUCAAGAAAGAUCACACAAAAGUCCGAUGUAUACAGCUUCGGCGUUCUUCUUCUUGAAAUGCUAACAGGAAAGGUUCCAAUGAGAUAUCCUGGAUAUGAAGAUUUUGUUGAUCUUCCAAGAUGGGUUAGGUCUGUUGUUAGAGAGGAAUGGACAGCUGAAGUAUUUGAUGAAGAGGUUCUUAGAGGACAAUAUGUUGAAGAGGAAAUGGUGCAGAUGCUUCAGAUUGGACUUGCUUGUGUGGCUAAGACACCUGAUAUGAGGCCUAGAAUGGAUGAAGCUGUUAGAAUGAUUGAGGAAAUUAAACAUCCUGAGUUUAAGAAUAGGACAUCCUCUGAGUCUGAUUAUUCUAAUUUGCAGACACCAUAAACUCACUCUUUGAAACUAAUAAGCACUUUUCUUUGUAUAAUAUAGUAGUACUAAUCUUUGUAUUCAUGUUGGUUGUAAAAGUUUUCAUGGAUUACCCUAUUUGUUUGUUACCUUUUGAAACUUUUUUUUGGCUAAUUGUUGUUUAGUCAAUGGAAAUAACUUAAGUUUCAUCAUGCAAUGGAAAUAAAUUUUGUAGCUCAAA